AAGCAAAAAUUGUUUAGGGAGUAAAUAAGAGUUGAAACAAAUUGGGUGAGGAAGUAUUAGAAUUGGUGGAAGCUGCAGACAGCAUGGAAUGGAUUAAUAUUUUUACCUAAAUUUAUUCCUUGAUGGUAACGGUCCAAUUUCAGAUCACAAAAACUGUGGGAUGAUCGCCUCGGCAUGGCUAAAUCCUUGUCAACAAUCUUCAAAUCCACGAAGCCCCAUAUUUCUAUCUCACCAAAACCCACGGAUUUUGAAUCGUUGAAGCCCAUUAAUCUCAAAAUCCCCUCUUCUUCUUCUUCUUCUUCUUCUUCAAAUCCAAUAGUACCAUCAAGUUGCACCAAAUUGAAGAAAUCAAGAAAGUCAAAUGCAAAUUCAGAGCCUGAAUUACAAAGGAGCCCAGCUUCAGAUAGUAGGAAAAAGAGGUGUUUGUGGUGUGUAUACCUGAUUCUCUCAACAAAUCCACCUAUUAAGACCUACGUUGGUGUCACUACCAAUUUCUCUCGACGACUGAAAGAACAUAAUGGCGAAAGAAAAGGGGGUGCAAAGGCAUCUCGCUCGGGAAGACCUUGGAUUUGUGCCUGCCUUAUUCGGGGAUUUAAGGGCAGAAGUGAAGCUUGUGCAUUUGAAUCGAAAUGGAAACAAAUUUCAAGAAAGCUGCCGCGGAAAAGGAAGAGUAUUAGUGAGGAGCAGAAGCCAGAAGACAAUGGAUCUUUUGCAUUAUUGCAGCAUAGACAUGCAGCUCUGGACCGCGUUCAAACCUUGAUCGACUGCAGCGACUUAAACAUUGAUUGGCGUUCUAACUUUUUCUGAUUUAAUGUAUUCUUCUCUACAGAAAAAUGCAACCACAGUUUUUUCUUUUUCUUUUUUUACCUGUAACAAAUAUAUAUUUCAACAAAUAUAAGAGUACAAUGUAGUUGAUGUUUUGUA